AGGGGAACACAAACGAAACCCACCCUCCCCGUCCGUACGUCUCUCUCACCCUCCACCCGUCGCCGCCGCCGUCGCCCCCCUCCUCGAUUCGAGGGCGCCCCGGCCCUUGCUCCCGCCCCCGCCCCCGCUCGCCGGCCGCGCCGACCCCCGAAAGCUCGCCAGCACCACCACCACCACCACGGUGGCCACUCCUCCGCGGCGCGCGCUGGUGGGCGAUGCGAUCGGAUGAGGUGUGGGCGGCGGCGGCGGCGGUGCUACGUGGAGAAGAGGAGGAGGAGGAGGAGGUGGUCCAGCUUCCCCGCGGCGCCGCCGCACCAGCCCUACGGAGCGGAGGACGGUGAUGGCCCCCACCGCGGAGCCGGCGUCCCCGGCGCCGCCGCGGCGCCCGCGCCCCGGCCCGCCCCCCGGGCUCAAGAACCUCGGCAACACCUGCUACCUCAACAGCGUCCUCCAGUGCCUCGCCUCCACGCCUCCGCUCGCCAGCUUCUGUCUCGCCUCCCGCCACUCCAAUCUAUGCAAAAAAGUGUUUCCCAACAGGGACAAGGAGUGCGCCUUCUGCGUCCUCGAGCGGCAGAUUGUGCGGCAGCUUCGGGCGGAGGCAGGGGCGCUCGACUCGCCUGGGAAGGUCCUCCGCAGCCUGCCGCUCUUCGCCGAGCACUUCCGGUGGGGGCGCCAGGAGGACGCCCACGAGUUCCUGCGCUACGUCAUAGACGCUUGUCACACUGCCUGCCUCCGCAUACGCAAGCGCCUCCCCGUGGCAACUGCCAAUGGCGACUGUGGCCCGGAGGAGGGCCGAGGUCAGGGGAGCUGUAUGGUGAUGAGGGAGACAUUUGGCGGGGCACUGCUCAGCCAGGUGAAGUGCCUUGUGUGCAAGGGAGAGUCAAACAAGACCGACGAGAUCAUGGACCUCAGCCUCGACCUGCUCGGGACCAGUUCUGUUGGCGAUGCCCUUACAUGCUUCUUCAAGCCUGAGGUAUUGGAGGGUGCAAACAAAUACAGUUGUGAAAGAUGCAAGAAGCUCACCUCAGCUCGGAAGCAAAUGUUCAUACUCAAGGCACCUAAGGUUCUUGUUAUACAACUCAAGAGGUUCGAUGGAAUACAUGGUGGGAAGAUCAAUAGGAACAUAGAGUUCAAGGAAGGUCUUGUUCUUUCCGACUUCAUGUAUGACAAAAACCAGGACCCACAACCGGUAUAUAAUCUUUUUGGCAGCAUCGUCCAUUCAGGUUUCUCCCAAGAUUCUGGUCAUUACUAUGCAUAUGUUAAGGAUGCUACUGGUCGCUGGUACUGUUGUAAUGAUUCUCAGGUCUCCCUGUCAAGAUCUCAGGACGUUUUGACUGAGAAGGUCUAUAUCCUAUUCUAUAUACUGAGUUCCAAAACUCAAACAAAUAGUACAAAUGGUUACUCUUCUAGUGCAGUUAAAUCUUCCAACACCAAUGGGAAUGGCAUAUCAAGUGCCGCAUGUAGUGAGCCCCUGAAGAUACCAUUAGUGAAGCAGAACGGCUCAUGCUCUACUAAAGGUAUUGUGCCACUACCCCUAAAGAAUGGCAAGAUUGCACCAGGUCUACAGUUCAAGCCGAUCCACUUGAAGAAUACAGGAACAGAGAAGGUUGCAUCAAAUGGCAAACCGCACCCCGUUUUGAGAAAGCCAGAAGUUAAUGAAGCCACAGCACUAGUGGAAUCGAACGGAUGCGGACCCGCAAAAUCUGCAGAACCCAGUGAAGGGUAUGCUAAUGGUAGUAUUUCCUGCGAUAAGUUGGACGCUGAUUCACAAAGAAUGUUGCAAGGCACAGAUGGAAAUGGACAUCCAGUUCAUUUUGUUGGCCUCCAAGAGACCAGUGGUGCCAAGGCCACGUGUGCUGAAAACCCCCCUGAACAGCCAUCUAGUGUUGUUACCUCAACAUUGGACAAGAGCAUUUGUAGUUCAGAAAAGGGUCCUAAAAGCUCAGUUUUACACCCUGAAGUAUCUGCUGACUCAGUCAAAGCAGUGGUGGCUUCAGCCAAGGACAGUGCAUGCUUGAAGCAUCAUCUUGAAGAAGGAAAGUUUAAGGAAAUGCUUGCUGAAUCAGCAUCUUCUGAGCUUCGGUCGUCUGGUUGGGCGGAUGAUGUAUGUAAUUUUAUGCGUUCUGCAAAGAGGCAGUGUAUACAGAACACAGGCAUGUCUCAAGAUAGUGAGGCAAUCAGGAAGCAGCUAAUAAGUGAUUCUGGAAGAGUAUUUAGGUCCAAAAUUCCAGAGUUACUGCGGGAAGAUCUGAUUCAAUCCCUGAGAUCAUACUUCGAGGAUAAAUUUUGACUGGAUGCUUAAGCUUGUGUGGGCCUUGUUUAAAAGGUGCCAGUGGUCUACUAGGAAGCUCAUGCACGGCUGGCUUAUUUUUGAGGCGUUUUUGUUCCCUGAGAUGAGAUGAGGUUGAGAAGUAGAGCGACGUGUAAAGCUUGCCUCCUUUUUGCUGUUGUUCCCCAUGCUAUACUGUAGGCUUGAAACCCCACAAUCAGCACCCCCUUUCUUCUGUUUCUAGCAUGUAGCAGCAUACUGUUUCUUGUUUUCCCCCCUUUGUACAAUUAUAAGUGGUAGACCCCUUUGUACGAUUAUAACUGGUAGAUUAGCUCAUGAAUUUCUUGGGUUUUGACCUGAUCUCAAAAUAAACCUGUUGAUGGUUUUAAUUAUAUAUGAUCGGUUACUUUCAGCUUU